AUCUGAAAAGGAUAUCCAGAAUUAGACCUUUAUUAAUAUUUUCCUUGUUUAUUAUAUCAAUCGUUGUAUUUGCAUAUGCAUUUUAAUUACCUUUUACAAUGAGAUUAAAAUAUAUUAAUACAUAUAAUAUAAAAGUAUUCACUAACAUAAAAUGGAUAUCAUAAAACAACAUAUGUGGUUCUUAAUUCUUAAUUCCUCGUGGACGUUCGCAAUAAAAUCGCAUAUGACCCAAAAAAAGCAUGUUCAACAUAGUAAUGACGAUGAAGUAUAAAAUUAAACAGGAUAAAAUCUGUACGUGUAAGUUGUUUAUAUAAGUGUCAUUAAUCUGUGUCCAUUCAUUUAUUUAAUUUAAAAAGUAUAAAACACAAUUAUGAUGAUUAAAGAUACUUUAACAGCAUUAGAAUUUUAUAUAAGUAAUUAAUUACUUCUCGGUCUUUCAAAUUAUACCGAAAUCCCCAGCGGCAUAUACAAAGCCAUAUUGACAAGGAUAUUAAAAGCAACACCACUGAAAAUGGAGUAGCAUAUAUGUGUAUACGGAACAUUUGAUUUUCUUAGCAAUUUUACAAACCGCUUUUAGAUUUUCCGUACUUCCACCUUUUUCCAUAAAGUUCUUCAUUCUGUAACAUUUAAAGUGACUCGUAUUAUUAGAUUCUUUUUUACAUUUUUUUUACUAAUGAUCUAUACAAUCCUUUUCAUUAGCAUUUUAUAUUUUGCAAAAACUGUAUUUAUCUAUGUUUCAGUAACGUCUGUAAAUUUUGCUAAAAAGAAAUAGACAAAUUGACAGUAUUAUAUACCGUAGAACGCGCUCUCUUAGAUAAGAAAAAUGACUUACGACUUACAUACACGAUACGAUACGAUACACAUUACAAGAUAAAAGAAUCCGAAGAUUCUUAGUUACGAUGAGUUUGGCUGCAACAGUAAAUAGAUUGAAAUAAAAAAACUAAUAAUUCAAAAAUGUAAAUCUUAGCCACUACUUGCCACAUUCUCCAGGGUUUUUAUUUUGAAGCUAUAAGAGUUUAAAAAAUACAACAAAAUUGAGUUUCCCAAAGAUCAAACAGUAAAACACCCUUAAUUUUAUUUAUUACGCUUACCUUACGCUUACGUCACGUGCAUCGUAUGCUUUUACAUCGAUCUAAUUAGUUGCGUAAAACGAUAUUUGGUCAGUAAAUUCCUUUUCCCAUGCAUCAAUUAUGAUUAUACAUUAUUGUGCUUGAAUAUAUGUGUUCUGAAAAUAUUUGUUUCGAUAUUAAUGAACACAUGGACCGGAAUUUUGUAGAAUUUUAACCUAGAAUUUAGAAUGACGAACGAUCAAUGCUUUUAUGUUCACUCUGUCAUUUGUAAAUCUCAAUUGACACGAUUAACCUGGAACGUUAUCGACUGAACGCGAAGAAUCGAAACGAAACUGUCAUUUAAACGAAAAAUAAAUAUCGUAUGGCAAAGUACUGCUACGUUCAGAAUAUUUUACACUGAAUAAUUUCAGCGUCAUAUAUCUGCCAUGUGAGUUUAUACUUUAAUAUAUCGUCCAUUUCUGUAUACGCGCUGUAGAAAUGUACAUAGCUUUAAAUUUUCCGAUUUUAUUUUUGCUUUGUUUGUCCCUCGUAGUAUGUACGUAUAUAAAACAAAAAUAUGUCCGAUUAAUCGAUUUAUUCAGGUCAGUAAACAACGAUUUGAUCGAUCGAGCGAGUGAUCAAUUUUUUGUAUUGUAAUACCAAGUAUGUAAUUUAACUAAACGAAAUUAAAAAUGCGCGUCGAAGAUAUUUAAGAAGAAAAUACAUCUUUUGAUAGAGAUUAUAGAAGAAGUUGCUAACUAAAGCACAUUUACGAUAUAUAUAAACAUAAGUAUUUAGACGUGUAAAUAAGUAUCAUAAGAAAGAAAAUUAAAUAAAAUUAAUUUUAUAUCAUUCGCAGAACAGAUGCCUACAUGGGCUGUACAUGGUAAUGAAUUGUUUGAUCGAUAGCUGCGUGCACAAGGAGCUUAACAAAUUUCUUAAUCCAAGCGUCCAAAACAAAGAGGGUACUUUAUCCUAUCCACACGAAACAAGGUUUUCAACGUUCUCAUCGUUCCUUGUAGUUGGAAAUAGAAGAUUAUGCCACCGAAACGGAAAAAAGAUGCCAAGAAAAUAUCCAUCGAACCGCCACCAACGUAAGUUUAGAAUCACUGUACUUCAAACAUAAAUUAUAGUAUUUAAUUAUAUAGUAUUGUACUAUAUUAACGUGUCUAUAGAAAUACUUGGUGGUAAAUGACGAUUGAUUAUUUAUUUAUUGUCAAACUUGAUAAAUUAAUAAUUGAAAAAUGAAAUAAGUUUCCGAGUAAAUAAAAAACGAUACGUCUUAUAAUCUCAAUCAUCUCAUAAAUAUUUCAUUUUCAUUUUGUAACGCAUCAAAGUGCUAAAACAAAUUUUAUAUAACGUUUGCAACACUCAUGCUUCUACUUAUUUUUUAAUACCUUUUGUUCCAGAGCCGUCAUUUCACAGAGUUAUUUGUUUUUUAAUAUUUUUUGUCUCACAGCCUUAAUAUUUAACAUAUAAUCGAGCCGGAUAUGCUGGAAGUAAUCGAACCGGAAGAACCAUCGAAGCCACUAAUAUCAGCAGUCACUGGACAACCAUUCGGUCCUCGUGUCCGUUACAUCAGCGAAAAACAGGAGGAAGAAAGUACAGAUGACGAACCUGAAUCAGAAAGUGACGAUGAAUUAAGAUACGUGCAGGAUGAAGCUCCGGAAGUGCCAUCAGAGUUUUGGCACAUACAGAAGCUUAUCAGAUACAUGAAAGCGGGUAAUCAAACCGCAACUAUGGUGGCUGUCUGUCUUUUAAAAGAUUAUGAUCUGACCAAUAGGAUUAUACAAAAGGCGAUUCGAGAGAUGGGAGGUCUGGAGAUUCUGGUGAAUCUACUCGAAACGAGAGAUUUAAAAUGCCAGAAUGGCUCCCUGUCGGUUUUACUCCAGAUCGUGUCAUCUACAGAAAUGCGACGGCACCUAAUCGAUCUUGGUAUUGUAACACCGUUGAUUCAAAUGUUAAAGCAUCCAGCUAGAGACAUUCAAGUUUUAGCUGCAGAAACUAUGGCUAUUGUUGCACGAAUUAGGAAAGCAAGGAAACAAAUACGAAUUCGAGGAGGCAUACCUCUCAUUUUAGAUGUGAUGGACGUGCCAGAUUCUAUUCUUCGAACAUCGUACAAUGAGUUGAACGAAACUAACAAGGAAUUAGUUGCGGUUGCCAUAGGCUGUGCUAAAGUUUUAGAUUCUCUGAGCAGUAGUCCGAAAGUGAGAGACGUACUUCACAAGUUUGGUGUGGUAAAGCUCAUGGAACGUUUCCUGAAAUCACAUCACACUUCUCUUGUAGUACCGAUGAUGGGAGCUGUUCAACAAUGUGCAAUUAAGAACGUAUUUCGCAAAGCGUUCGAGACCACAGAUAUUAUCUGUGACGUUGUACGACACCUGCAAAGUGACAAUAUUAAGUUGAAAGAAAAUUGCGCUCUGGCGAUAUUCAAAUGUGGAACGAACAAAAUUGCCAGGGACAUGGUUCGCCAGACAUCUGGUCUGGAUAUAUUGUGCAAGCUUUUACAAUGCGAAGAAGUCCGGGCUAAUAAACAAUUGUUAGCUGCAGUCACAGGCGGAAUAUGGAAAUGUGCCAUAAGUCCAGAGAACGUAAUAAGAUUCAAUCAAAAUGGUUUGGUCGCUGCUUUAGUGCCAUUUUUAGAAGAACACGAGGAUGACGACGUGCAGGCGAAUGUUGUAGGAGCACUGGCGGAAUGUUGUAAAGAUCCUGCUAACAGAGAUGUUCUGAGGAUCAACGAUGGUUUGCCAAAUCUGAUCAAAUUAUUAAGCUCUACGUACGAGCCUUUAUUGGAGAACAUACCAUUGGUGAUAAAGGAGUGCGCGCAAAAUGAACAAUGCAUGGACAUCAUCAACGAUCCAGAGCACAUCAAUGAUGGUGUUCGACUGGUCUGGUCAUUGCUGAAACAUCCUAGUGACAUAAUCAAAAGAAACUCCUGCCUCGCAUUGGUAUCCUGUAUCAAAUAUGCCAAAGACUCUCCAGAAAUGGUACGGGCAUUUGUAGGUGGAUUGGAGCUUACAGUCAGUCUUCUUGAAAGUAGCAAUACCGAAGUACUGAGCGCAGUAUGUGCCACUAUUGCCGGAAUCGCUCCGGACCCGGAAAAUUUGGGUAUUCUCAGCGAUCAUGGAGUAGUGGAGAAACUGGCGAAUCUUGUGUCCACGGAAAAUGAAGAUUUGCGUGCAAAUUUGACCUUAGCCAUAGCUCAUUGUUGCGAAUGGGGGGAGAAUAAUGCUAAAUUUGGUCGAUUGCACGCGGUUGCACCAUUAGUUGACUACAUGACUAGCAAAAAUACAAAUGUUCUUAGGGGAGUUUGCAUAGCCGCGUAUCAUUUAAGUAAAGAGCCCAUGAACUGCAUCACCAUGCACUCUGCCGGUGUUAUAAAGCAUGUGCUACGUUUGGUGGGAUCAGAUGACCCGGAAGUGCAAAUCGCCGCCGCCUGCACUAUUAGAAAUAUUAGGAAACUUGCACUAACAGCAGAAAAAUUACACUUCAAAGAGAUAAGUACACUAGAAGAAACAGAUUAUCAUUUGUAACAUAUCAGCGCUGCAAAUACUGUACAAAAAUCAAGUGCUCAUUUAAAGAAUAUGAAAUAAAAGAUAUCAUCUUUAUUGAAUUGACCUAAAACACAUUUAUUGAGAUUUUAUCAACCAAUAAUAAAUCUGUAUACUUAAAUAUAAUUAUGUCUUCUUAAUUGAAUAAAAUGUAAUGGAAUAAUAAAUUAUUAGUGAAUAGGAGACUCAGCAUACCUAUUGGCUUGUAAUAUUAACGUUGGACUAAGAUUUUCAACAGAAACAAUAACGAGGAGUCAGCGAAACUCUUCAGUGCGAAGAUGUUUAAAACGCGACUGACCAGUCGACUUGUAUAAGCAGGAACAAUAUAAAAAAAACAGAUUAUUUUUCACUUAUUACC